AUGGGCGAAUUUGAGAUCCCAACCGAGCAAUGGGCUCAAGUGGUUGAGAAGUCGGGUGGCCCCGUGUCGUACAAGAAGAUCCCCGUCCAGAAGCCCGGCCCGGAUGAAGUCCUCGUCAACGUCAAGUACUCGGGCGUCUGCCACACCGACCUGCACGCCAUGAUGGGCGACUGGCCGCUCGAGACCAAGCUGCCCCUCGUCGGCGGGCACGAGGGCGCGGGCGUGGUGGUGGCCAAGGGCGAGCUGGUGACCGACCUCGAGCUGGGCGACCACGCCGGCAUCAAGUGGCUCAACGGCAGCUGCCUGGCCUGCAGCUUCUGCAUGCAGGCCGACGAGCCGCUCUGCCCCAAGGCCCUGCUGUCGGGCUACACCGUCGACGGCACCUUCCAGCAGUACGCCGUGGCCAAGGCCGCCCACGUCGCGCGCAUCCCCAAGGACUGCGACCUCGAGGCCGUCGCCCCCGUCCUCUGCGCCGGCAUCACCGUGUACAAGGGCCUGAAGGAAUCGGGCGUGCGCCCCGGCCAGUACGUCGCCAUCGUCGGCGCGGGCGGCGGGCUGGGCAGCAUGGCGAUCCAGUACGCGCGCGCCAUGGGCCUGAACGUGGUGGCCAUCGACGGCGGCGAGGAGAAGGGCAAGAGCUGCAAGGACCUCGGCGCGAGCGCCUACGUCGAUUACACGACCAGCGUCGGCGACGACUUCGUGCGCGACGUCCGCGCGGCGUCCGGCCCCGACGGCCUCGGCCCCCACGCCGUGCUGCUGCUGGCCGUCGCCGAGAAGCCGUUCCAGCAGGCCACGCAGUAUGUGCGCAGCCGCGGCUCCGUCGUCUGCAUCGGCCUGCCGGCUGGUGCCAAGCUCAGCGCCCCCGUGUUUGAUACGGUCGUGCGUAUGCUCACCAUCAAGGGGAGCUAUGUUGGCAACCGGCAGGACACGCAGGAAGCGCUGGACUUUUACAACCGCGGCCUGAUUAGGGUGCCGUGCAAGACGGUGGGCAUGAGCGAGCUGCAGAAUGUGUACCAGCUGAUGCGUGAGGGCAAGAUCGUGGGCCGGUAUGUGGUCGAUACUAGCAAGUGA